GGCAUCCAAUACACAUGUGAUGCAUGCUCGAUCGAUAUCACACACACUGUACGGAUCAAAUGCGCAGCUCAGGGUUGCGAAGAGGUGGACCUUUGUCCAAGCUGCUUUUCGGAAGGCAAAGAACUAGGCGGACACAAAGCGUGGCAUGACUAUAGGGUUGUCGAAACACACUCGAGACCUAUCUUCUCAGAGGACUGGGGAGCUGAUGAAGAGCUGCUUCUCAUUUCGGGGCUACAAACAUACGGCUUGGGAAACUGGGCAGAAGUCGCCGACUACGUUGGCACCCGACUCAAAGAAGACUGCGAACGGCACUAUACUGAAACAUACCUGGCCGAGCGUUCUUCUACAAAGAAGGAUCUACAUCAGCCUGAUUCGGAGGGACAGCAAAACGGCCAUCUACCAGGCGAACAGAACGAAAAUGAUAUAAUAGAACGGCCUGAUCUCGGCGGAUUUGAGAUCAGCCAAGAGGAGUUCCAGACUCGCAAGAAAAGGCGAAUAGAGGAACUUCGUAAACCAGCUCCGCUACCGGCCGCAGCUAUCGAGACCAAGGCUUCUGCACCCCAGAACCAUGAAGUCGCAGGAUUCAUGCCUGGACGAUUAGAAUUCGAUCACGAGGUCGAGAAUGAAGCUGAAAUGGUCAUCAAGGAUAUGGACUUUGGGCUGGUCUUCGCGUAUGGGGGCAGCGAGAUGCGAGAAGAUGUCAACUCUAGCAAUCCUACUAAAGACGCUAUGGACGUCGACGAAACCGGCGAUGAUGAGGAUAAACCGUUGGCUCAACUCGCCAACGUCGUCAACCACGAUGCUGAGCGAGACAGCAAGUCGAAACGAAAGGAGGAUGAGGAAGAAGAGAAGACGCCGCUUGCGCAUUUAGAAGUGGAAGAUUCCGAGGAUAUGGAGUUGAAAUUGAUCGUCCUCGAGGUCUAUUAUUCGCGGCUCGGUAAACGUCAACAAGUCAAGGAUUUCAUUUUCGAUCGAGGUCUGAUGGACUACAAGCGGUUGAUGGCCUUGGAGAAGAAGAGGGGAAAAGAGGAAGCUGGGCUGAUUAACCGUUACAAGGUGUUUGCAAAAAUGCAGACAGCGGAAGAUUUCGAGGUCUUGGUCGAUGGACUGAUAUGCAAGUUGACCGAUGAGCAGACUUUGCGAAAGAAGAUUGCCGAAAUCCAAGACUACCGUCGGAACGGAAUCACCACCGUUGCGGAUGCGCAGAGAUUUGACCGAUUGCGAAAUGAAAGAGCGAGUGGAGUCCGUCCCGGCCAAGGACCCGUUCCUCGCGAACCGAUGACUUCCAGCGAUGCAAUAUUACAGAGACGGAGUUACGGUGGGGGAGAAUCGAUGUCGCAGGACAAAGUUGCCAAGACGCCAUACCCGGCUCCCGCCCACUUUCUACAUGCUGACGAUCUUCAGCUGCUUAGUCCCGAAGAGCAGACCCUCUGUUGCGAAUUGCGCAUUUUGCCCCGACCGUACUUGCUCAUCAAGGAUACGAUAGUCAGGGAAUGUGCUCGACGGGGUGGCGAUCUGGAGCGCCACGAUGCAGGGUGGGUUCGCUGCCAAUGCGCCCAUCAAUCGGACUUGAUACUGACUUCGCAUGAUGCCCAAAUCGCCAGGCGAUUAUUCGAUGUUCACGGAGAUAUCACUUGUUCAAUUUACGACCACUUGCAGAACAGCGGACUUCUCAUUCACGCAUAG